AUGGAUCAACAACGCUUUUUGCAGCAGCUUCAGAUUGUCCUGAACCCCGCCCAGGGUAACGUCAAGGAAGCGACGGGCGUUCUUCAGCGCGAGUUCUACAAGAGCCCCGAAUCUCUCGUUCUCCUCAUUCAGAUCGCCACCGGCCAUGAGGACCCGAACCUGAGGCAGCUGGCGGCCGUCGAAAGUCGGACGCUGGUUGUCAAGCACUGGGUUUCCGUUCAGGCGAACCAGAAGCCCCAGAUCCGUGAACAACUUCUGCGUGCUGCUGUUGGCGAGAGUUCCUCUCUCGUCCGCCACUCGGUUGCUCGUGUCAUCUCUGCCAUUGCCAAGAUCGAUCUGAACGAUGGCGAGUGGGCUGAUCUGCCCAACUUCUUGCUCCAGGCCGCUAGCACCGGUAACAAGGAGGAGCGUGCCGUGAGCAUCUACAUCCUGCUCACUAUCCUGGAGACUCUGGGCGAUGGCUUCGAGGAGAAGUUUGAUGAACUGUUCCAGCUUUUCAGCAAGACCAUCAGUGAUCCCGAGAGCGAGGAGGUGCGCAUGAACACCCUCAUGGCCCUGAGCAAGCUGGCCAUGUACCUCGACUCCGAGGAGAACGUCGCUCCUGUGAAGGCGUUCCAGAACCUGAUCCCCUCUAUGGUUGCUGUUCUUAAGGAUGUUAUCACCCGUGAGCAGGACGAUGGCAUCAUGCAGGGUUUUGAGGUCUUCCAGACUCUUCUGGGCUGUGACCCCGCUCUGUUGACCGUCCACCUCAAGGAUCUCGUUAUUUUCAUGAAUGAGCUGGCCGGAAACGUGGAGCAGGAGGAGGAUGUCCGUACCCAGGCCAUCAGUUUCCUCAUGCAGUGCGUUCAGUACCGCAAGCUCAAGAUCCAGGGCAUGCGCAUUGGUGAGCAGUUGACCCGCACGGCGCUGCAGGUUGUCACUGAGCUCGGAGAUGCUUCCCCUGCCGAUGAUGACAUUACCCCUGCCCGCUCUGCUCUUGGUCUCCUUGACAUUCUUGCACAGAGCUUGCCUCCUAGCCAGGUCGUUGUGCCCCUGCUCCAGACCCUGGGACAGUACUUCAACAAUGGCAAUGCCGACUACCGCCGUGCUGGUAUCAUGGCUCUGGGAAUGUGUGUCGAGGGUGCUCCCGACUUCAUCAGCACUCAGAUGCAGGAGAUCUUCCCCAUGGUUCUGCAGCUGCUUGCUGACCCCGAGCCCAAGGUCCGUCAGGCUUCCCUGCACGCCGUGGCUCGCUUGGCCGACGACUUGGCCGAGGACCUCAGCCAGGAGCACGAGAGACUCAUGCCCCUGCUCUUCAAGAACCUGGCCAGCGCUAUGCAGGAAUACAAGGGUGAGGAGGACGGUCCUACCGUCGACAUCAUGAAGGCCGGUAUCAGUGCGAUUGACGCUGUUGUCGACGGCCUCGAUGAGAAGGACGUUGCCCCUUACCAGGGUGAACUGGUCCCCAUCCUGCACAACCUGUUCAAGCACCCCGACUUCCGUAUCAAGGGCUUGGCUGCUGGAGCCCUGGGUUCCCUCGCCUCUUCCGCUGGCGACUCUUUCCUUCCCUUCUUCGACGACUCUAUGCACCUCCUGCAGGAGUUUGCUACCGUCAAGGACAGCGAGGAAGAGCUCGACCUUCGUGCCAGUGUCACUGACGCCAUGGGUGAGAUGGCCGCUGCUNCCGGUCCCGAGCGCUACCAGCCUUACGUUGAGCCUCUCAUGCGCGCUACUGAGGAGGCUCUCCACCUUGGUCACUCCCGCCUCAAGGAGAGCACCUACAUCUUCUGGGGUGCCAUGUCCAAGGUCUACGUGGAGCACUUCUCUCCCUUCCUUGAUGGCGUUGUCAAGGGUCUUUUCGCUUGCAUCGAGCAGGAUGAGACUGAUCUCGAUGUCUCCCUGGGUGCUGCCGCCAAGGAUCUCAUCGGCCAGGAAGUGACCAUCGGGGCCGCAAGGUCCGUGUUGCCGAUGCGGACGAUGAUGAUGACGAGCCUACUGGUGAGGAUGGUGAUAUCGAGGAUCUUGAUGUUG